CUUCAUUGGUGCUAGACAUGCAUGGUCAGUUUUUUCAAGAGCAGUAAUCACAAAUGCCCUCUCUAUAUAAGGUCUCUGAGAAGAUGAACUUUGUACAGGCCAUCUCCUUACUGGAAGUCUCGUAAUUCUGCAGGGAUGAACACCAUUGUGGCCUGCCUUCUUGCUCUUGCCAUCAGCUUGCCACUGUCUGAUGCUUCCUGUUUCCUGAUACCAUUCAAACCAGGGAUGUCUAAUGGGGAGGUUGUAGGCUGCCUUGAUGACGAGGGAAAGGUCCAUGAAUUUGGUUCCAGCUGGAGAACUGAGGACUGUGAUGAUUGCUCCUGUUCCAGGGCUGGAAUCGGCUGCUGCACUAGCUAUAUGAGACCAGUCGACUACGAUGAAGAGAAAUGUGAAAGCAUUUUCAACAAGGAGACUUGCUCUUAUAAAGUAGUGGAGAAAGGUGAUCACUCAAAAGAAUGCCCAGUCCAUUCAUGGGUGGGUUAAUGGAAGAAUGGUGCAUUGGAGGGAUAGUUCCUUUUAUUGUUUUAAUGGUUCUCUCUCACAAAUUCAAAAACACUUAAAAUGCAGCUGUUGUGAAAUCUGCUCAUAAAACCCAACAUAUAAUGAAACUGAGUAUCUACUCAGAAAAAUCUCCAUUUCUCUGCCUUUCUUUGCCUCUGCCUCACCAUGAACAAAGAACUGACUUGUUUAUUCCUCGAGGUCAGACAUCUAAUAUGACAUUUUAAAACCUUCUCGGUAGCUGCUAAUCUGUAUUCUUCUCUGGUCAUAUUUCACUGCCAAGAACCAUAUUUCAUCAUUCGUGCACAGCUGUAUCUUAAAGCUUAAAUAAAGUCAAAUAAAGCAUCAGAAA